AUCGCAAUGGAGCUGGAGCCGCGUGUGGCCAUCCUGCAGGAUCUGCGCCUGCAGACCUUCGACUCCAUUCGCUUCGCAUCCUAUCGCACUGCCUCCAAGCUGCGCUACAUACAAAAGUCCACGAAUCUCCAUUUGGUGGACAUAUGGAAUGUGAUCGAGGCAUUUCGCGAGAAUGGUCUAAACACUCUGGAGCCGCAGAGCGAGGUGAGCGUGGCCAGGCUGGAAACACUGGUCUCAUCGCUCUACCACAAUCUCAACAAGCGCCUGCCCACCGCCCAGCAGGUGCCCGUGGACUCGAAGGCGGGUCUGCUGCUCAACUGGCUUCUAGCUGCCUACACAAGUGAUAACUCCGGCAAGAUACGCGUGUUCUCCAUCAAAGUGGCCCUGGCCACCAUGUGCUCCGGCAAACUGGUGGACAAACUAAGAUACAUCUUCUCGCAGAUCUCGGACGGCGCUGGCCAGCUGGUGGCCUGGAAGCUGGGCGAGUUCCUGCGCGAGGUGCUGGCCCUGCCGGCGGCCGUGUACGAGUCGCCCACAUUCCACUACAAGGAGGGGCUCGAGGAGGAGAUCUUUCCGGCUGAGAACAAGGUGACUGUGAACGACUUUAUGGCCACGCUGAUGUCCGAGCCGGGGCCGUCCUGCCUCGUCUGGCUGCCGCUGGUGCACCGGCUGGCCACCGUGGAGACCAUUGUGCAUCCGACUGUCUGCUCUGUUUGCCACAAGGAAAACUUCACCGGGUUUCGUUAUCGCUGUCAGCGGUGUCACGCCUACCAGUUGUGCCAGGAGUGCUUCUGGCACGGCAAGACAUCGCUGAACCACCAGAACGAUCACGAGGUCAAGGAGUACUCGAGCUACAAGUCGCCGAGCAAACAGAUCGGUCACUCGCUGCGCAAGAGCUUCCGCUGUGUGCCCGAGAAGACGGUGCAGGUGCUCCCGCGCUUCCCCGACCAGCCGGAGAAGACGCUCAACCUGUCGCACAUCGUGCCGCCCUCGCCGCUGCCCUCGCACAACGGCUUCUCGGACCCCUCGGGCCUCGUACAUGGCGGCCACCACGGGCCCGGGCAUCCUCAUCCGGGCUUACCGGGCCAGCACGGCCUAUUCGAUCGCUCCAGCACGCUCGACUCGCGGGCCACAGGCCGCAGUCUGGACAGCGCCAGCGGCACUGCCGGCACCACCACCAUGUCCCGCGUGGCCGCUGCCUCGGCCAACGACGAGGAGCACCGCCUGAUUGCCCGCUAUGCCGCCAGAUUGGCCCAGGAGAACCGAGCGCCCUCCAACUUGCCCGACAGUGCCACGCCUAUUGGCACGGACAACUCGCGGGCCCAACGCGAGCUGAUCGCCCAACUGGAGUCCAAGAACAAGGAGAUAAUGCGGGAGAUAGCGCGUCUGAGGCGUCAGCAGGAGACGGAGCAGAUGGCCCCGGAGAAUCCGGCGCUGAUCAACGAACUGCGUGCCUUGAGGCAGCGGAAGGGAGAGCUGGAGGGUCACCUGGGUGCCCUGCAAGAUUCGCGAAGGCAGCUGAUGGAGCAGCUGGAGGGACUGAUGCGCAUGCUGAAGAACCAGCAAACAGCCUCGCCCCGAUCCACGCCGAAUUCGAGUCCUCGCUCGGGGAAAUCGCCACCAAUGCCCGGGGGAGCUGGCAUCCUGGGCACCUCACCCAUGAGUGCCCUGCACGCCCAGCAGAUGCAGCAGCAUCCGAUGGGAGGCGGAGGAGGAGGCGGAGGAGGCAGGCCCACCCAGCAGCAGCUACUCCAGCAGCAACAGCAGCAGCAGCAGCAGGCACAUGGCCAUGGUCCUUUUAGCCAAAGUCAACUGGAGCAGCUCAACCAGAUCAGCAGCGAUAUGCGCAGCGCCUUUGCCACCAACGGAAGUGCAACGCCACCGCCAAUGCGCAGCACUACUGCCAUUCCCAGCCUCAAUCCGAUUCAGAAUCCGCCUCCGAAUCCCGAUGCGGAGCUCAAUGAGGCCGCCGAUCAUCUAACGUCGGCCAUUUCGCACAUGGUCAGCGAUUUGAACGCAGAUUUCGACGAAUCUCAAUCGUAUAACCAAGAGUGGAACGAAAAGGCAAAUGCGAAUAGCCAAUGGCAGGAGCAGUUUGCACAAUGGAGUCUUAACUCGCAAAAGAACUAAGAACCCAAAACAGCAGGACUGGGGAUCUCCGGAGGCAGCUGGCUUUUGGAAUCUAGAAUCUGGAUGACGGAUGAGGACGAACUCUCGCUUAGCUUUUUACCCUACCUUAACUCAUACGUUGACUUAGAGCAAUUUAUUUAUUGAUUAUUUUAUUGAGCCGUAGCCUACACUACCUUAAUCAUUAUAAUUUAUACUUCGCGGAUUGGUAUCUACGUAAAUGUAAACACAUAUAUAUGAUUAUUUUACCGAAGCAAAGAAUAUGAAUAUAUAGCUGAUAAACAAGACUUGCAGUCGUCGCAAAUCCAUUGAAUCUCGUUGAAACUUUUACGAUCGUACUGCUAAAGGGCAAUAACAAGUAUGGCGUUUUACUUUUUAGGUUUCCGCGAUUUCGUAAUUGGCUUUUAGAUUUUUUAAGCGCCCGCGCCAGCGGUUAUUUAUUACCAUGAAACUUAACAAAUCGAAAAUCAAAUCACGUAAUGCGUAAUACAAAUACGAUAUAGACAUUUACAUAUUAUGUACUUAAUAACUAGCAACUUGUUGAGAACCUAAAAUCAAAUUCUAAAUGCUAAACAUUAUACACACAUUAUACACUUUGAGAUACGAUACAGCCAACAACUAUUUGAGCCACAACAAGAACCCAAUGUUAAACACUAAAAGCGAAAAACAAAACACGAUUUAUAUAUUAUCAAUUUAUAAUAUGCAUUCAUACAAGAAAAGUUAUACCAUAUAAUCGUAACGGCAUAGAGCACGAGAUAGAGAAAAUCCGACAUUUAUAGAACUUAUACAUAACUACUGAAUAAUAUUACAAAGAAGAAAACUAAAUAAAAAGGCAUUUUAAACAAUCACAAAAAAAAAA